GGCAAGGCACAGAGAUAAAAUGCGUGGAAGAUUACUUCACCCUCACCUGCUCCUCUGCCCGCUCAACAAAACAAAGCCAUGAUUUCUCUCACUGCUUCCGCUUCUCCAACGCUCCCUUCAAAAGCUCUCUCCUUGAAACCCUCCCUUACCCCGUUCCUUAUUUCCCUGCACAGAAUCCCCCUCCGCCGCCGCCGGGAAAGCGUCAAUCUGUUUAUCUANUUUGGUGUUGGAAAGUGCAAGGCAGAGCUGGUCAAGGACGCGCCUAUUGCAUUGGCAAUCGGCGCGUGCGUUCUCAGCUCGCUGGUGUUCCCUGCUUCUCCGUCACCGGACGAGGAUGAAUCGGACUCGGUCAUCGACUCGGCCGAUGCUAGGUUCGCUGUCAUGGGGAUUAUUAGCUUCAUCCCAUAUUUCAAUUGGCUGAGUUGGGUUUUCGCUUGGUUGGAUACAGGGAAGAAGAGAUAUGCUGUGUAUGCUAUUGUUUAUUUGGCUCCAUACUUGAGGUCGAAUCUGUCACUGUCACCUGAAGAUAGCUGGCUGCCCAUUGCGAGUAUUCUCUUGUGCAUUCUCCACAUUCAGCUUGAAGUCAGUAUUGAAAAUGGAGACAUCCAAGGAUUGCAGUUUUUUAGCGAGACUAGAAAGUAUAUAUCGUCACUAACUAGGAAGGCUGAUUCUUCGACAUUUGAAGAGGAGAUAACAAUGGAUGAUCAUAAAAAUCUGCCUUCAGCACAAUGGGGAGAUGAUAAACUCAAGUGGACAAUCCGUGGGAAGCCUUCUAAAGAUACAAUGAACUUGAAUAAUGGCAGCGAUGAUCAUACGAGAAAGACACGCUGAGUCAUAACUAGCUCGUACUCUGAAAGUUUUUGACUCACCAUUGCUAGAAUUCCAGAACACUUAAAAGUAUGCUUAUAUUACGUCCUGUCCGUGUUACAGUGUCUUUGUGUUUGAAAAUAUUCGUCAAAAAAUGGCUUCUUUUCGGGUUACUCGUGGUUAUGAUAUUGUAAACUUUUGUUCAAGCAGAUGCAAUGAUGUAAAGUCGAAUAACAUUGAUUCUAGUAAUACAAUCUAUACUCCUAAAAUGCUAGAAGAUGGAUGGUUUUGGUAACCUCUCUGUAACUCUAAAGUGGGUGUUAUG